AUGGCCAAUUCGACGUGGCUCCCUCGGAUCGUGGCACCCGCCACAAAAGACAACAUCACGAACCUGUCACAACAUCAACCACGAAGUAGACCUCUUCCACUACGCGUCCGAACAUUCAGUCAGAGCACUCCACCCACUUCGCCCGCCGACCAGCGACAAGGACGUUUUCACGCGCGUAACAACUCUUUUACCUCUUCGCCCAUCACUCCCAGCGACCAAACUUCGCGUCUUCUACACGGAUCAUACCAGUCCUCGGAACCCAGCGAUAUCUUUGACAGUCCUCGAGGGUCUCUCGACUCGAAUGACAGCUCGCCGACGAACAACUACCCGGCGACUCCCGAGACCAGCCUCCCCAGCGCUCGCAACUCUCUAGAAGUGCCCGCUCCAGAAAUUCUGCCCUAUGACUUCACGCAAAUCGACUAUGAAUUGUCUCGCGCCAAAGUCCUCGGCGAAGGCCUCUGGUCCACCGUCUACCUCGCCGAGCAAAAACCCGGCAUCUCCUCCUCUCCCUCUCCCUCACCUCAAUCCCGACGAUCCCGCUCAAUACCCUUCAUCUCCUUCUCCACCAAACUCCGCGUCCGUCAACAAACGACCUCCACCCUCUUCGCCGUCAAAACUCCCACUCGUCCGGACUCUCCCAUUGUCUUCCGCAAUGAAGCCAAAAUCCUCACUCACCUUCAGCGCCGCUCCCUCGCAUCCCACCACAUCGUCACCUUCCACGGCUACGACCAACGAAAUUCUUCUCUCGUCUUCGAAGCCCUUUUCGGCGGGAGUCUCGAGUCUCUCAACAGCCGGUUGAAACAAAUGACCGAAGUCGCGCGACAUUUAGAGAUUAUUUCCCUCUUUCCCGGUCUGGCGGUCGAUCUCAUCGGCGGGCUGGAAUUCUUACACGCGAAUGGAGUCGUUCACGCGGACAUCAAAGCGGGGAACGUCUUGCUCGAUAUCUCGGAGCAUGCCACCGAUGGACGCCCGGUCAUCAGAGCGAGGUACAUUGACUUUUCGGCGGCGUUCUUGGCAGGGGAGGGCGAAGGCGAAGCGGGAAAGUACGCCGGUGGAACAUGGGACUACAUGGCGCCCGAGCAGAUGCGACCGCGAGCGACACCGACGUUUGCGUCGGACGUUUGGUCGUUGGGAGUGACGUUGUUGGUCGUGCUGUGCGGUGGAAGCCCAUGGACGGCGGCGUGUGGAGGUAACAAUUUCAUGUUGAGGGAGGCGGUCAAGUCGGGGGACGCGGUGGGGUUCGCGAGAAUGGACUCGACGGUGAAGAAGCGAUUGGAUGCUGUGCAGGAUUUGGUAGAUUGUUGUCGGUUCGCGUUGAAGAAGGAGCCGGAGAAGAGAAUCAAUUCAGCAGCUUGGGCUGGCUCACGAAAUCCAUACUCACCCUCUCAAAUCACCAUGCCCAAAGCUCCUUCAAGCCGCAAACGAGUCGCCGUCGGCGGCCAAUCGCCCUACCGCUCACCAUCGCCCGACGGAGUUCCUCAACUUACGCCCAAAGCUCCAGCCAGCCGACGAGGUCCGCGUGGUGACCACUCUCUCCGUUCCCCAUCGCCAGGAAAUGUCAAGAACGUCACCUUCAACCGCCCUCUCAUUCAAGGACCAACGGGAAGUCGUGCCAACAGCGAAGCUCCUCACGACCGUCACGGACAUGGCGAGAGUGUCAGCGACACCUCGGUUCUGGAGUACACCGGCAAUAUAGACAUGCCAAAGGCAGACAUCGAUCACGAACGCGGCAGAGUCAAAGCUCGCAAAGACCUCCGCGACGCCAGGAUCACUGCUGAUCCUCACGUGGAGUUUCCCUUGAGUGUCCGGUUCAAACUCUUUGCCAACCCGGGACACGAAGAUGACGGUCAAGACGUGCAGGUCUGCCAGCUCAUGAACUCCCUCAUCGGGAGCAUCGUCGACUUGGCGGACUCCAUUCCUGAAAUCGAAGAUCGGAAAGAGGCCUUUAUGGACCACAUCUUGACUCCGGAAAAUCGACAGCUGGUGAGGUACUUGGGUUGUCUUGGAUUGGGAGGCUUACACGGCGAGAAGGGAUGGGAGAUGUUGUUGACAGAGAAGGAGUCGAGACGGUCGUUUGUGGUAGGAAUCCUGGGUAUGGCUAUCAAGGAGAAGGUUUUUGGCGAUUUGUGGUUCGGUGGCGAUGAGGAGCAGAAGAAACAAUUGGAGGAUUUGGAGAGAGAGGGAGUGGAGAAGGAUGGAUUCGUUCGUGCCCAAGAGAGAGCCAACGCCAUCAAAACGUUCCCCAAGUCCACAGCCCAUGACAAAAACUUUCGCUUCGCGGUUGUGCAGACCACGCUUGCACUGUCGAAGAUGCUGUGGCCUUUCUGGGCCAUCGAAUGCUCCAAGACGCUGGAGAACAUAAUAUUCAUGCGAUUGGAGGAAAUCGUCCAGACCGCGGGCAAGCUCGGCCGUGCGAUGCGAUCAUCCCCGAAUGUCAUCUACUACUGGCCACCGGUAUUCAAGGAUGAAGAGUACGAACCCAGCCGGAUGGAGUGUCUCAACCUCGUCCACAUGAUCAAGUCCAGUCCAUACAAGAGAGAAACCGUCAACGGCAUGAUUCGACCAAUUCUGAAAAAGGGCAUGGAAGAUAAGAGCGAGGCCAUCGUUCGUGUCGUAUGCUUCCAUGGCAUUGUCGCAUAUCGUCAAGGUGGCGGCAAGCUCGCAAAACGUGAGCUAGCCAAAGACAAGGAAGGCGAUAGCCACAUGCCGGCGGAUGUCAGAAGAGCUCGGGAACGUGUGGGAGAUGGGCCUUUGACCGGCAAUGAGGGCAUCCGGUCCAAGACGAUCUGCAAAAGUCUGGUAUUGUUGCAGUGGGGCAAGCAGAGAUUGUUGACCAAGGAGGCUGGUACGUCGGCUCACAUCGAUGCGAACCGAGAUGGGAAGAUGGAAAAGUAUGAGCAGGACUCCUCGCCCAUGAAGGAGCUGUAUCAAAUGCUUGUGGAGAGGUGCAAGUGA